CUAGGUAGCAGAAUUUGAAGGGGUAGCAGGAAUUGGCAGACACCGUGUUUCCAUCUUUGUGCCAUUCAAGUGAACGUGGAGGACUUUGCCGAUAUCAGGGCCAACUUUCCACAACAAAGUGGAACCGCCUCUGUAUGGCAGAGAAAAAGCGAUUCACGCAGAUCGAGGAAAAAACGUUGUUUAUGGAGUCUCUUGGCCUGUCCUUGACUCCAGCCUUCAAGAGGAGAAAGAAGCCAGGCCAAGGGAGAGUAUGCUCACCUGAAGAGACAGACUCUGAGGAAGAGGAGCUGUGGACCUCUGGAUUGACCGCAGGUGCUGGAGUGUGGGAGCCACCAAUAGUCAGACAGGGGUCUCUACAACAGCCCAGUACGUCAGAUGCAGUUUCUGUGCAGAGUCUCUCAGGGCGGGGCAGGAGUGACCAGGAGGUCUCUGGAGGGACCAUUCCUGCUCAUCCAGAGACCGACCCCACCAGAGCAGGAGCAGAGAGGGGCUCUGCAGUCCAGGAGGAGGUCUCAUUAGUUAUCUACCAAAAACCGGAAGUACCUAAGGAUGACGACUACUUCUUCUGUGAUGAGUGUAGGACCUUCUUCCUCGAAGAGUGCGAGGUCCACGGCCCUAUCUUGUUCAUGGCUGAUCGCCCCGUUGCUGUCGGAGAGAAAGACAGAGCCAAGAAGACGCUGCCCGCUGGGUUUGAGAUCAGAGAUCCUGGGAUCCCAGGGGCCGGUCUAGGGGUGUUUUACUGUGGAGACGGUGGCCUUCCCAUUGGAACACACUUUGGACCCUACGAAGGACACAGGACCGAUGAAGAGGGAGCCCUGGAGAGUGGAUACUCUCGGGAGAUCUACGAGAGCAGACACAAUGAAUACAUUGAUGCAAGGAGAGAGACACAUUCUAACUGGAUGAGGUAUGUCAAGUGUGCUCGUAAUGAAGUGGAACAGAACCUAAUAGCGUUUCAGUGCAAAGGAGGGAUUCUGUAUCGCUCCUGUUGCUUCGUGACCUCAGGAGAAGAGCUCUUGGUCUGGUAUGGGGACGAAUACGCCAGACAUCUGGGAAUCGGAUUUGAUCAACUGUGGAGCUCUACUAAAGGAGGGAAAUCCCAGCUGACUCCAGCACAGGCUUUCCCCUGUCCCGAGUGUCCGUUCUCCUACACGUCUCAGGUCUUCCUCCACAUACACAUGAAGAGGAGCCAUGGUGACCUGAACGACAGACAGCUGAAGAGCGGAGAAAUCAAGGUGGAGCCUAGUCUCCUCCCAUACGUCGCAGCCUCCUCUCAAGAACCAAUCGGAGCCUCCCCGGGAACCGUCCAAAGGACAAGUCAGAUUCCAGCAGAAGGAGCCAGACGCCACAGUUGUGAGCAGUGCAGGAAAACCUUUAGUCGCUCUUAUACUCUGAAGAGUCACCAGCGCAUCCACACGGGAGAGAAACCUUACCACUGUCAACAGUGUGGGAAAACCUUUAGUCGCUCUUAUACUCUGAAGAUUCACCAGCGCAUCCACACGGGGGAGAAACCUUACCACUGUCAACAGUGUGGGAAAACAUUUAGUACAUCUGGUAAUCUGAGGCUUCACCAGCGCAUCCACACGGGAGAGAGACCAUACCACUGUCAACAGUGUGGGAAAACAUUUAGUACAUCUGGUAAUCUGAGGCUUCACCAGCGCAUCCACACGGGAGAGAGACCAUACCACUGUCAACAGUGUGGGAAAACAUUUGGUAAAUAUAAUACUCUAAAGUUUCACCAGCGCAUUCACACGGGAGAGAAACCAUACAACUGUCAACAGUGUGGGAAAACAUUUGGUCGAUCUAGUACUCUGAAGAAACACCAACAACUUCACAAAGGAGUCUCCACCCAAACAAUCGUGUGAAGAAACAAAAUGGUUCCCAGACAUUGUCAUUAUAAUCAAAUAAAAAAAUGGUUCAUCCUGUUUUUGUGAUGGUUUUGAAUAAAGUUUUUUGCCUAAGAUCUACCUGAUUUUGAGUUCACCUUUUGCCUUCUCUGUUGGACUUUUUGCCCUUUUUGGAUUUUGCCCACGUUUUGGAAUUUUGUGAUCUUCUGUGUUUUCGCCCAAAGACUUUGUUAUAAUAAACCACAUUUCAGAUUUGCAGAUCCGGGCUCGAUCCCCAACUCUUGACAUUUUUAUGUUUAAAGGGCACAUGAACGGUUUUAAUUGUUUAUCUGAUCAACUUCAUGUAUUUAUUUAUAUUCACGUCUGUAUGAGUGAAGGUUUUUACCUUAAAAAAUUUGCUGAAGAAAAAUAGUUGGAGAGAACAUGUUGCUAACUAAAUUAUUUAUGACGACGUCAGUAAGGUAGGCCUCGUAGAUCUCACGUUAUUUUUACAUUUAUUGCAUUUUAUUUAAAUAAUUAUCCUGUAAAGAUGCAAAUAAAAUCGGAUAUCCAGUGUUGAGAUGUCGGUUUUGUCUGGAUAAAAUAGAAGCAGUCCGACAUGUUGGUGAAU